GUGGCGGUGUCCUUGUAAGAUUUUGUAUAGCUGUUAGCAGACGGCAGCGAGUGGCUUUAGCCAAUUUCGCCUGGAUCCCCGCGCCCGGGAGGUGUCAAUCCUCGAGCGGAGGGCAGGUGUCCCCAUGGCGACAUCAUCCUCGCGGAACGAAGGAAACGAGGGGGAGCAGUGACCAAAGGUGAUCCAGAGCCAGAGGGGCUGUGCUAGUUAACUGGUCGACCAGGCAGGAGAGGGAAACAGCCCAGGUUGACAAAGAGCGCUGAAGCAGUGCGUGGAAAAGCGCGGUCUUUUCAAGAUCGCCAACUCUGCUCCAAGUUGAAGCAUGCCCCUGGUGUACAAAGUGCACAUUCAGCAGUGAAAUUAAAUAUGUCAUGGAGCAGAAGGAAAGAAGUACCAAAUUGGACAGAGCUGUUUAUAUUUAUAUAUUCUUAAAUAUUCUAAAGCAUGCAUUUCAGAUGACAGACUGCACAGAUUGCCAAUUUGCUACGACUAGAACAACGCUGAGUGUUUUGGUGGAAUGGAAUCAUUUCGCUGACAGAAUGCGUGCAGACACUUACUUGAUUACAUAUGGAACAUUAUCUCCACAAUUUUCCAGCACUGUGAGAUCUGUUCAUGGAUCAAGUAUCAUCUUGAAUGACCUUCAAGAAAAUAUGAGCUAUUAUUUUACCAUAAGAUCAGUGACCAAUGGGAAAAUCGUAGACAGCAAAUCAUUCACUACUUGUUUGUAUGGAGAACUUGGCAUAAAAACAAGUGUUUCAACAACUGCUGUUACAUUCGAUUGGAGUGAUUUUAGGAGUGGAGGAUUUUUAACUACGAUAAGUCUAAAUUUCACUUCAUAUAUUGUACCUCCAACUACAAAUAAUUACAUCUGGAAUCAUUUAAAGCCUGGAACUCUGUAUGGUUUCUCUUUGGAGUUCAAGCAAACACACCAUGUUGGACUCAGUCUGACACAAGUAUUUUAUAUGAUUAUUGAAACAGCACCAUGUCCUCCUGGUUGGAUUGGGUCAUUUUACAGUUGUUACUGGAUUAGAAAAGACUACAAGAAAUGGAGAGAUGCUUCAAACUACUGUGAGUCAGUAGCUAAUGCCAUUCACCUUGUUGACAUCAACACUGAAGAAGAGUAUAGAUUUCUGUCUUCCUACCUGAGGUCGCUGAAUGACUUCAUCAUGUUAUGGACUGGUCUAAAUGAUAUUGAUACAGAAAAUGAUCUGAAGUGGACUGAUAGGACGACCUUUAAUUUAAGCACUACCUUGCUGCAAACUCUGCCAUCAAAUGAGAGCGACUGCUAUGCAUUACAGCUGAACCCACUGGGUCCAGACCACGUGUUUACUGAGCUGUUCUGCUUCUUGGCUCUGCCAUAUAUUUGUGAACAUGAAGUCUUAGUUCUCCCCAGGACAAUUAAACUAAAAUCAGAAGAUGUUAAUGAAAAUGAGGCAACGAUCAUCUGGGAUGAUCUACAGGACUUGUUCUCCACAACAUCUGAGUUAUUUAUUUGGUACCAACCAAAUUCUGAUGCAGAAAAGCAAAAUUGCAGUAAAAUAUUACCAAAUGAGACUAAGGCAGUCAUAUCUGGGCUGAAACCUGGUCACCACUACUACUUUGCAAUAAUGAUGAGAGAUAAUCUGGGUAUGCAGAGAAUGGUUAGUCCUAUUCUGAGUGUGAAAACAAGGCCAAAUCCACCACGAAAUAUUACAGCUGGAGCAGUAACAUCCUCUUCACUACAAUUGUUCUGGGUUGCACCAGAGGAAUCACCAUCUGAAUCCUUUCAUCAUUACCUCAUCAGCGUUAUGCCAUUUAAAUCAAGCGAUCUAGUAACUGAAGACGUUCCCGGAGAUAAGACCUCUGUGGUACUUAGGAACCUUAUGCCAUUCCAAUCUUACGAAGUCUAUGUCCAAGCAGUGACAGAGGGAGGGUCACUGAGUUGUGCUGAAGGACCAUUAUUUGCAAUAACAGAUCCCAGCUCUCCAGUCAGCAUUUACAUUGAUAAUGCAGAAGUUUGGGAGAACAGAAUCAUUGUACAUUGGGAGUCUCCACUGGAAGGAUGCGACGAAUACCACCUUCGAAUACAAAUGAGCAAUAAAAGCAGUGAAGUAAAAGAGUAUUCAGUAAUAAAUACAACACUCUUUCAAUUUGAUUUCAUGAUCCCUGGAGUCACGUAUGACAUUGAGGUGAUGGCAGUAAGGAAUGGGAAGAGAAGCAAGCCAGAAUGUAUCAUACAGACAACAAGGCCACUACCAGUUGAGAUUGUCUUUCCUAUUGAUGUUCAGACCCACUCAACAGUACUGUAUGUCAGUAUGCCAAAAACUGGCAUAUUUGAUGAAGUCAUUGUUACAUAUGGAGAUGAAGUUAAAAGAAUGGCUACAUUUAGGAGAGAUGUUAAUAUAACAAUAGAAAAAUUGAUCCCUGGUGAAGAAUAUAAAUUUGCUGUGUAUUCAAACAGUGGCAACAUGAAGAGCAAGGUGUACAGAGUUCCUGCUGUGAAAACCCAUUUGGUACCUCCCACUAAUUUACGUGAAGGGAUGGUCACAGAAACAUCACUGGAGUUAGUGUGGGAUAAAGCAGAAGGACAUUUCAACCAAUAUGAAGUGCUAUGUUUAAAUUGUGGCAAGCAGCUUGUGGUUCAAAAGGUUAAACAAGAAUUUGUGGUAUUUACAAAAUUGACUCCAGGAAAACUGUAUAAUAUUUCACUACGGACAGAAAAGGAAAACUAUCAAGAUAGCAUUCCCGUGAAACAAUUAAUACGCACAUUGCCAAGUCCCGUGGAGAAUCUAAAUUAUAACAAGUCUUCAUAUUCAUUAAUGCUGAGCUGGCCAGAACCUGUUGGUGUAUUUGAUGGGUUUAAUCUAACACUUGCCAGCAAAGUUAUACAUCAGGUUGUUGAAAUUCCUUUUACUCAUUCACGAACAUACCACUUUGACAAGCUAAUGCCGGGUACCACCUACUCCAUAACUAUUGAGACAACAAGUGUAACAAAGAAGAGCCAUCCCAUAACAAUUAGUAUAACAACAGUUCCUGAGCCUCCUAUGGACCUGCAGUUUGUUGUACAGGAUGAAAAUUCUGCAUACUUAUUUUGGAAGCCUCCAAGAGGUGAUUUUGAUCAUUUUGAGUUAUGGUAUAAUAUUCCAGGGACCAAUGAAACAACGUAUAGAACAACUUUACGUGGCAAUAAUUUCAGGAUCAAAGAUUUAAUUCCAGGAGUAGAAUAUGUUUUCCAAAUAAAAACGGUUAAAGGCAUGGAUGUGAGUGAAGUGAUUGAGAAGAGGUUAAAAACAAAACCUGAAAAACCUCAAAUGUUGGAAGUUUCAAAUAUUUUUGCCAGAGGAUUUACUUUACGCUGGAGAGCACCUAUUGGAAAUAAUGGUAAUUACAAAGUGGAACUCAUUCCAGACCAAGGGUUUGUUAAUAUCACAAACCUGGGGAACGGCAGCUUCAAGGCUGAUGUUUUUGAUGCUACCCCAGGUAUAAAGUACACUGCCACGGUCUCCUCGGUCUCUUCAUCAUUCAGCAAGUCUGUCAGCAGAUCGUUUACGACAAAUGAAACUUAUGCAGUCUCUCCUGAUGGUCUUGCAGUCGGCCUCAUUGGUGCAACUGCUAUAAUGCUGAUAUGGAAUGUUCCUUCCCGUCCAAAUGGAAGAAUUUUAUCCUAUGUGCUCGAGUACAAAGAGGUUUGUCCUGUUCUGCAAGCCAACUUCAUUCAAGUUUCAACACAUGCAGACACCACAGAGUUUCUUCUCAACAAUCUAAAACCAGGCGCUGCUUAUAAGAUUCGAGUUGCAGCUGAGAACAGCGCAGGCAUCGGAGCUUUUAGUACUUUUCGUCAGGUAGUAACUGCAGAAAGUGCUCCUGGCCCAGUUUUGGCUCUUACUGCAACAGCAGUCAACCACACGGCUGCCAAUGUGACAUGGAUUCUACCUAAACGGCCAAAUGGGAAAAUUACACAAUUCAGCAUAAUUAUAAAGUCUGUAAGGACUGGACAAAUAUCAAAGAACAUAUCAGUGAAUGCAGAAGCACUUUUUCCACACACAUUAUUAGAAUGUGAGGAUGACAGCCCAACAAGUACUACCCCUGGAUCAUUGAUUUCAUCUUCCACUCCUAGCGAUGUAUCUUCAACAUUAGGGUAUCUAACACAAGAGGAUUCUGAGUUUGCCAGCAUUGUGGUGGAUCAGCUGAAACCCUACACCACUUACCUGUGUGAGGUGUCUGCGUUCACAAAGGAAGGGGAAGGGCAGACUGCAAGUGCUCUAUUCAGAACCCCUGAGUGGAUUCCAGAAGAACCACCUCAGAACAUUAUUGUCAGUAAGAUUACAUCAAGAUCAUUUGUGAUUAGCUGGGAUCCACCACUAACAAUAACAGGAAGACUCUUUUAUACAGUUGAACUAGUCAGUCCGUUAGGGCAAAUAUCUCAGAACAACACCAGAGAAAUGACAUAUUCUUUUACUAAUCUGCUGCCAUUUACGGAAUAUGAAGUGUUUGUCAUCGCUGAGACGGUAGUGGGAGCUGGACCAAAGGACAGCGUCAAAGUUACAACAGCAUCAGAAGUUCCAGGAGAAGUGUUUGAUUUAAAAGCAACAGAAGUUGGAAGCAAAUCAGCGAAAAUAGAAUGGGGAAAGCCUCAUCAAGCAAAUGGAAUGAUUACCCAGUAUCAAAUCAUUGUUCUUCUGCUGGAGUCUCAAAUACCUGUACAAAAUAUAACAUUGACCCCAGAAAAUUUCCAGGAAAGUAGAAACUCGACUGAAUCCAUAUAUCCUGGUAUGUUGGUAACAGAUUCCACUACAUUGACUUCAGAAAAUGAUGCAGUCAUUAUUACAGAGUUUGAUGAAGGCUCCGCUGAAUUGUUUUCUGAAUUACCGUCUACUUCUUCACCAAUUGAAAAAUUAUUCACUGUUAGUUCAGAUCUAUCUGGAACAUCUACUAUACGUGAGAAAAGUUUGGCUCCAUCUCUGCCUGAUCAACUAACAUCACAUGAGCAAAUAUAUUCUUCUCCACUAACAUAUACUAAAACUGCACUCCCUGGUACAAUGCACUCAAUGCCUGCUAUGGGCUCCACUACAUCCUUUACUAAACAAACAGUCAGCCCCAUGGGACUUCUUGAAUCUCUUCCUACAGUCAGCGUGAAUUUCAAGCUGAGAUCAGUGUUGCAUAGAAGAUCAGUUAUUCCAGUUGUCAAGGCAGGUGGAAUUUCCCUGCCUCCAAGUUCUUCACCUCUUCUUCCUCAAUGGAGGCUUCUGCCUAAUGGCCUUCAAAAUAUCUCCAAAGGGAGUGAAAUCAGCCUACAGGUCAUCGACCUUUCAUCUGAGCAGCUGUCAUAUGUUGUAAGAGAACUGGUACCCUAUACUGAUUACAUUAUUAAUGUAUCAGCAUUCACUGUUGUCGGAGAGGGGCCACCAAGCAGUGUCUCUUUAAAGACAAAACAAUAUGUACCAAGUUCAGUGCAGAAUGUAACUUAUAAAAAUCUCACUUCUACAUCAAUACUAAUAUCAUGGGAGCCACCUGCUACACCUAAUGGCAUAAUAACUCAUUAUACACUCUAUGCUCUGGAGGAAGGCACAAAUGAAGCAUUCCAAAGAAUUGUGAUAAGCAACAACAUUACUCUAUCAGGUUUGAAAAAGUUCACAAAGUAUAAAAUGAGAGUGACAGCAUCUACCUCUGUGGGGGAAAGUGAUGUUUCUGGAGAAGAUGAUGUUUUCGUGUGGACUCUUGAAGAUGAACCGGAGAUGCCUCCUGAAAACUUAACCUUUAAUAACAUAACGGCAACAUCUGCUCACUUGAGCUGGUCAACUCCAGAGAAACCUAAUGGAAUUAUUAUAUACUACGAAGUCAUGUAUGCCAAUUAUACUGAUCACUUUGUACUGAAUAGUACAGCAACUAGUAUUUAUCUAGAAAACUUAAAGCCGUUUUCCCCUUAUAACAUCUCUGUGAAAGCAUAUACGAAGUAUGGCCAUGGGAAUCAAACCUCCUUAACUGCGCUUUUGUUGACGGAACAAGGCAUUCCUGAGAGUGCGCCUGAAAAUAUCACUUAUGUAUUUAUUGCUUUUCUGGAUGUUUUAAUAUCAUUUCUUCCACCAUCAACACCUAAUGGAAUUGUACAGUAUUACACACUAUACCUGACUGCCCCAAAUUAUAGUGAACAGUUCACUGUGCACCGUACUAAUCUGUCCAUCACUGUAAGAGGCUUAAGUGCUAAUGAAAAUUACACCUUAAAAAUAUCAGCAAGUACAAGCAAGGGUGAAGGAGUUCAAAGUCAACCAAUAUAUAUUUUGACUGGGGAAGGUGUUCCUGGCUCCCCUCCUCAAUCAUUAACAUCAAAGCAAUUGUCUUCUACCACUGUACUUUUGUCAUGGAAGCCCCCUUUGGAACCAAAUGGAGUGCUUCUGCAUUACACAGUCACUAUAUGGAAUGCAACAACACAACUCAUUGUAAAUGAGACAGGAACUUCUGUACUGCUGAAGGACUUGAGUAAUGUUGAAUAUCAUGCUUUUGUAACUGCAAGUACUAAGUUUGGUGACGGUGGAAUGAAAAGUAACAACAUCACUUUUCGAACUUCUGAAAGUUCAAACCCUGAGGGCACUAUCUCCUAUGUCAACAGAAGUUCCACCUCCAUUCAGGUCUUUUGGAAUCAUCCAUUUAAACCAGCUGGAAGUGUUCAGUCCUACAUUGUUCACUACAGAAAUAUUUCAGGUUAUUUUACACAGAAUGUCACAGAUUUUGAACAGGUCAUUAAUGGUGACAGUGUUAAUACAUCUGUAAUUUUAGCCAACUUGACCAAAUUCAGUCACUAUAAACUGUGGAUGUUAGCCUGCUCUUCCCUGACAGAUGAAAUUCAGACGAGUGAACUGAUUGAUGUACACACUGAGGAAGAUGUGCCGUCAGCUCCUCCGCAAGACCUGGUGAUAAUAAACUAUACGGCAGAUUCCGUCUUGGUUAGCUGGAAACCUAGUCCUAUGCCAAAUGGUAUUGUGGAACUCUACAGUUUUAAAAUAAUUGACAACACAAAUGGAAGUAUAUAUUUUAAGAAUGUAUCAGGAUCAUUUCAGGAAGCAAGACUCACUGGCUUUGAACUACUGCAUGAAUAUUUCAUCAGUGUAUCAGCUUUUACAAAAAUGGGAAAUGGAGAUCAAUUCAGUAAUACUGUAACUUUCAAAGUAAAUGAAUCAGUUCCAGAUGCCAUCCAAAAUCUUCAAUGCAAUGCAACAAGUUGGCAAUCAAUCACAAUCAAAUGGGACCCACCCUUAAAAUCAGACGGAAUUAUCAUUUAUAAUAUACUUAUAUUUGGAAAUAACGUUCAAAAAGUUUUGUCCAGAGAUCAUAUGUAUACUUUUACAGCACUUCAAUCAAAUACUUCUUAUCAGCUGAGUAUAGCAGCGGCUAACUCUCUGGGCCAAGGAGAAAGCAAAAACUGUACCAUUACGACAUUAACAGAAGCAGUCCCAAGUGCUCCUAGGAAUCUCGAGAUAGUUGGCACUCAAUCAAGCCAUGUUAUUUUGAGGUGGAAACGGCCGGAUAUUGUACCUGGUCAUUUAAGGUUUUUCAGGAUCAGCCUGCAGUUACGUUCUGCAUCUUGCAUGGACUGGCAAAAUCAAGAAUGCAUUGAAGCUGAGAGAAUUGAAAGCUAUGAGAUUGAGAGCGAUAAUAACACCAUGGACACCAUUGUAUCUAAAUUAAAGAAGAUUCGAUGGUACAGAUUUAGGGUUUCUGUUGGUACAAAUGCUGGCUUUAGCAACUAUUCAGAUUGGAUUUCAGCAAAAACAACUGUUGGCUAUCCAGAUGACCCUCCAGAAAAUGUCACUGUUACAGUAAAGUCCUACGAUAUAAUUGAGGUUGCCUGGGAAAUACCUGCAGAUCCACCUUCCUAUCUCAUUGAUGUAAUUCUGACAGAUAAUGGAGAAAGCACAAUGACCAUUGUUAGAACAGAAAAGCAGAACAAAACCUGUGAGAUCUCUGGUUUAAAGCCAUUUACUAGAUACACUAUAAUCGUCACUGCAUUCACAGGCAGAGAAGAAGAAGCCAAAAUUCACGGCAAAGCCAGUGAACCAGUCACCAUUAGGACCCUUGAAACUCUGCCUGAAGAUGCACCACAGAAUUUUACCCUUCAGAAAAUACCAGAUGAGGUGACGAAAGUCUAUGCAUCUUUCCUGCCACCAUCUAUGCCAAAUGGUAAUAUUCAUGGAUACCAGGCUAUCAUUCACAAAGAAGGAGCAGCUGCUGAACCCAGAAUAAACAAUUUGACAACUGUGGAAAAGAACGAAACACUCAGUGCUGUCAUAGAAGGGUUAAAAGGUGGAAACACAUACAGCAUAUGGGUCCGUGCUAUGAAUGGAGCUGGUAUUGGACCUCAGACAUCAGAACAGACAGUCACCAUGGAUGUAAAAGCUCCACCUAAACCUAAACUCAAGCCAGUUCCAGCUUUAGAUAAAAAUGGAAUACUUAAAGCAACUUCCACAACAAUUACAAUCAGAAUGCCUGUGUGCUACUUCACUGAUGAACAUGGGUCCAUCAAGAAAAUCCAAGUAAUCGUGACUGAAAUAAGAGCUAUGAACGAUAAAAAUAUCUCUACUUGGUAUGAUGCUUAUGUAAAGAAGCCAAAGCCAUACUUUGCAAAUGAAGGCUUUACAAACCCUCCAUGCAGCAGAACGAACACACAGAGACAAAAUGCUAAUGAAGAGACAUACACCAUUGGAGCUGAAAAUUCAUGUCAGCACAAUGUAAAACAAAUUUGCAAUGGCCCUCUAAAGAGUGAUAAAGAAUACCUAUUCAAAUUUCGGGCAACAAACUUUCAAGACCAAUUUACAGAUUCUGAUUACUCUGAUCCAGUCAAAACACUAGCUGAAGGUUUGUCGGGAAGAACGAUUGAAAUAGUACUCGCAGUGACUUUGUGUGUGCUUUCUAUCGUCCUGCUUGUGAUUGUUGGCUAUGUUAUUGCAAGAAUAAGGCAGAAGCAGAAGGAAGGUGGUACAUACUCUCCAAGGGAUGCAGAAAUUAUUGACACUAAAUUCAAACUGGACCAGAUGAUCGCAGUGACAGACCUGGAGCUAAGGGAGGAGAAGCUGACUCGUUAUUCCUCGCUAUUCUUUAGACGCAAGGAGAUUUAUGUCAUCCAGCCCAUUAACAAGAAAUCAUUUCUGCAGCAUGUGGAAGAGCUCUGUGUUAACAACAACUUGAAAUUUCAAGAAGAAUUUGCGGAACUCCCCAAGAUAGGCCAAGAGCUCAUAUCAUCUGACGCUGACUUGCCUUGGAACCGAACCAAAAAUCGCUUUGCAAAUAUAAAACCAUAUAAUAACAACAGAGUGAAACUCAUGCUGGAGCCUAGUGUACCAGGGUCUGAUUUCAUCAAUGCUAGCUAUGUGUCGGGUUACCUCUGUCCAAAUGAAUUCAUUGCUACACAAGGUCCCUUACCAGGAACAGUGGCAGACUUUUGGAGGAUGAUUUGGGAGACAAGAUCAAAAUCCAUUGUUAUGUUAACUCACUGUUUUGAAAAGGGCAGAAUACGGUGCCACCAGUAUUGGCCAGAGGACAACAAGCCAGUUACUGUAUUUGGAGAUAUUGUGAUCACUAAACUGGCAGAAAACAUUCAGGCAGAUUGGACCAUCCGAGAACUGAAAAUUGAGAAGUAUGGUGAUUUUAUGAUGGUGACUCAUUUCAACUUUACGUCUUGGCCUGAGCAUGGUGUCCCAGAGACCAGUGCAGCUCUGAUCCAUUUUGCAAAGCUAAUUCGAGCAAACAGAGCCAAUGAUAAUACUCCUAUCGUUGUCCACUGCAGUGCUGGCGUAGGGAGGACAGGUGUUUUUAUUGCACUCGAUCAUCUGAUACAACAUGUGAAGCACCAUGACUUUGUGGAUAUCUUUGGAUUUGUGGCAGAUUUACGAAGUGAACGAAUGUGCAUGGUUCAGAACUUGGCUCAAUAUAUGUUCUUACAUCAGUGUGCUUUGGAUCUGACGAAUAACAAAGGAAACAGUCGUUCACUGUGGUUCGUAAAUUAUGCUGCUUUACAAAAGAUGGACUCUCUAGAUACAAUGGAAGGUGACGUGGAAUUGGAAUGGGAGGAAACAACCAUGUAGUUCUCAGACCUGCUAAAGAGUAUUAAAAAGCUUUUAUUAAACUUGCUCUGAAAAAAUUAGCAUGAGAGCUUCUAUAAGUAAGGGCCAAAAUUAAUCUGUAAAUAGGCAAUGUUAAAUUACAAGUAUGAUAAUCACCAGUGUCUUUAUUAAAUGCUGCAUUACACUUUUGUAUUUGGCUUGGAUGGAUAACAAGUUCUUUGUAUUUAUUUUCCUCACUUAAUAUAUCACAUUGCUACAUUUUUAUUUCAUUGUACUGCUUACUUAGUAGCUUUGCAAACUUUAAUGUAAAGUGAGCCAAAUACAAUGUAAAUGUAAAAUUUUCAUGACAUUAUCUUGUUUAGGAGCACGUAUGUUAAGAUAGAAGUGUGCUUUUGUUGUGAAAGUAAUGUGGUCCUGAAGUAAAUAUAUAUUUAAAGUGUG